AUGUUAACCGGCUGGACAUGUGCCUGUGGCUUCCGAAACCGUGAAGUCAACUCAGCUUGUGGUGGAUCGGGACCUCUAGGAUGCAAGGCAAGCCGCCCAGGAAGCCGCCCAGGCCUUUUGGGCGACACUGACACCGACGGUGACCCGAUGCGUUUAAACGAGGUUCCCGCUCGCUGUGCUAAGACACUGCGGAUUUUGACUUACAACGUGUGGUUCAGCCCAAUCGAUCGGGAGAUCCGCAUGGCGGCCCUUGCGGCGAUUCUGGAGUCGGUCGACGCAGACGUGAUUGCUUUGCAAGAAGUGACCAGCACUAUAUUGGAACUACUGAUGGGUCACCUCUCCAGCGAGUGGCAGGUCUUUAAACAAGAGCCUGCUCAUGUGGAAGACCUGUACUUUUUUGAAGCAAACUACUUCACGUGUUUGCUAGUAAAAAGAACUUUGCAGGUUGAGGAGGCUGCUUGUUUUCGUUUCUCCAUUACUGCCAUGGCUCGAGGCUUACAGCUGGUAGUCUUCUCAAUGAAAAUUGAAGACGAAGGAAUGCAAACACCUGAAAGAAGUUACCAUAAAAUCAUCGUGGCAACCUCUCACUUGGAAUCUGCCGUGGCAUCCCGUUCUGGUCAAGAUACGCGAGCUCACCAACUAUCUGAAGGACUCCAUGAGAUGACCAGAAUGAUGGUGGAGAAAGAUUGCGAUGCCGCCAUUUGGCUGGGCGACAUGAAUUGGAUCUCUGACGAAACUGAGAGAGAUGAUAUGAAGGAGAGCGGACCAUCAGAUUUAUGCCGCCCUGUGACGACAGCUCGGGAGGCUCAGUUGCCCUUGUGGUAUCCAGACGAUCAGCCCUUGCAGAGCUCUAGCCCUUUUGGAGUUGCAACGGGCGAGCUUCCGCUGAGUCAUUUGGUGCCGCCGGCACCCACCGCCACGCAUCAUGGCAAGAUAUGCUCCUGGAUUUCACCUGGCAAGUCCGAGUACGUGCUGCACCAGAUGCUGAGUGGCAGAAGGCCAGCCAUGAAGCUGAGGCUACCAGUGGAUUUUGAGCUGAUUGGAGGUCAGAUCCUGCGACAACGCGUCCCACAAGACUGGGUGUUGCUUGCAGCCACUUCACGCGAGAUCAAGGAUGUUGCAUGGAGUUUGCUCGAGACAAGGUGGUUUGGAGGUCGUGGCGGAAGGCGUUUGUGGCGAGUGGCUAAGAACAAGGUCUACGAGCGCAUCAUUCGAACCCAUCGCCAGUGCGCGGUCCUGUGGAAGCAGCGGGUCAGGAGCCCAGGGGCGACUUCGUCGGACGAAGAAGCCGAAUAUGAUUUGCGACAGGGCACCGACGUCCCAGAGGAGCUUUGUACUCGCGCAGACUUGAAGGUCCAUUUGGAGCCCUAUCCACGGGUCCAGGUGAUCCCCAGGCAUUGGAUAUGCGAGGAGCUACCAGAAUCAGAGAGAGCCAAGAGGAAUAUUUGCAUAGGGCAGUCUGUGCUUGCGUACUACGCGGUGAGCGCGGUCGGUUCGGAAGAUGGGGGCGAGGCGCGGAAGACGUUCUUUGGAGCCCGGGAGGUGCAGCACAGAUCGGAACGAGCCGUGCGGAGCAAGGUCUUGAGGGAGCUCAUCUCACCUGCUGAAGUUUAUGUCUAUCUUCAAUGCAUGGACAGACGGAAGCCCGUGAGGGUACCUUUAGCUUCGAUAUGGUCUGUGCAGCCAAAUGAGCCCACUCGAAGAACAGUGCGAAAAAGACGGAAGGCUGAGAUCAAUUCAAUAUCUGAGAAUUUAUUUAGCACGGGGCUAGUUCCACGGGGAGGGCUUACUUUGAGGCUGUAA